CUACAACUCCCGGCGGGCGGCGCGGAUGCUUGCGCAGCCGCUAGUCGGGGAAGGGGGGUGGCGGUGGCGGCGGCGGCGGCGGCGGCGGCGCCCGGAGUGGUGUGCGUGAUGUCGGUACUUUGGUGGGGCCGCGGCGCGGCGGGGUUCAGACGGGCCCUGCCGCCUUGCGGCCGCCCGGGGCUCCUCGCCAAAGAAGGGACCCUCGGUGGCGUCUGCGGCCCCAGGAGAAGCUCGUCCGCCAACCCCCAGGAGCAAGACCAAGACCGCAGGAAGGACUGGGGCCACGUGGAGCUGCUGGAGGUGCUCCAGGCGCGGGUGCGGCAGCUGCAGGCUGAGAGCGUGUCUGAGGUGGUGGUGGACCGGGUGGAUGUGGCACGGCUCCCAGAACGUGGCAGUGGAGAUGGUGGCCUCCAGCCACCCAGGAAGGUCCAGAUGGGGGCCAAGGGUGCCAGCCUGGUGCCCUGUAGCGGCUGGGCACAGAGACUAGAGAAGGAUCAGUGGGUGCAGCGGAUGCGCAUACAGCAGUUGAAGGCGAACCUGCAGAUGCAAGUCCAGAGUGGGGAGUUCAAGGUGCUGCCCAAGCACCUGCAGGUGAAGCCCCAGCUCCUGAGCAAACAGCUGGCCAUGUUCCUGGCCCCCGAAAGCUCCUGGGAGGAGCAGCUGCCCCGGGUGCUGCAGGAGGCCCCUCGGAAGCUGAGCCUCGACGUGGGGCGGGCCCCAUCCACGCAGGCCCAGCUUUCAGGUCAGCAGCAGAAGCUCCUGGCCUUCUUUAAGUGCUGCCUGCUCACCGACCACCUGCCCCUUGCCCACCACUUGCUGGUCACCCACCACAGCCAGCGGAAGAAGCAGAAGCUGCUCACUCUGGACAUGUACAACACCGUCAUGCUUGGUUGGGCGCGGCAGGGGGCCUUCAAGGAGCUGGUGUAUGUGUUGUUGAUGGUGAAGGAUGCUGGCCUCACCCCAGACCUGCUGUCCUACGCGGCCGCCCUCCAGUGCUUGGGGAGGCAGGAUCAGGACGCCGGGACCAUUGAAAGGUGUCUGGAACAGAUGAGCCAGGAGGGGCUGGAGCUGCAGGCACUCUUCACCGCCGUGCCCCUGUCCGAGGAGGAGCAGGCCACUGUGCUGAAGGCUGUGCACAAGGUGAAACCCACCUUUAGCCUCCCGCGGCAGCCGCCGCCCGCGGUCAACACCUCGAAGCUGCUCAGGGACGUGUAUGCCAAGGAUGGGCCGGUGUCCUACCCGAAGCUGCACUUGCCCCUGAAGACCCUGCAGUCCCUCUUUGAGAAGCAGCUUUGCGUGGAGCUGGCCAGCAAGGUGUGCGUGGUGUCUGUGGAGAAGCCCGCAUUGCCAAGCAAGGAGGUCAUGCACGCGCGGAAGACCCUGCAGACCCUGCGGGACCACUGGGAGAGAGCGCUGUGCCGGGUGCUGCAGGAGACCAAGAACCGCCUGGAGGGCGAGGUGCACAAGGGCCGGUUCUCACUGUACCCCUUCCUGUGCCUGCUGGACGAGCGCGAGGUGGCGCGGAUGCUUCUGGAGGUCCUGCAGGGGCUGCCCGCCCCUGGCGAGUCCUUCACCACCCUGGCCCGGGAGCUGAGUGCACGCACUUUCAGCCGGCACGUGGUGCAGAGGCAGCAGCUCAGUGGUCAGGUGCAGGCGCUUGAGACGUACUACAGGAAGUACCUGCACCUACUGGCCUCUGACACCAAGGUGCCCAACCCCUGCCUGCCGCGGCAGUACUGGGAGGUGCUGGGGGCGCCCGAGGCCCUGCGGGAGCAGCCCUGGCCCCUGCCAGUGCAGAUGGAGCUGGGCAAGCAGCUGGCGGAGAUGCUGGUGCAGGCUACGCAGAUGCCGUCCAGCCUGAACAACCCGCAUGGUUCCUCCCGGCUUGUUCCCGUGCUCUACCAUGUGUAUUCCUUCCGCAACGUCCAGCAGAUCGGCGUCCUGAAGCCGCACCCGGCCUACGUGCAGCUGCGGGAGACGGCCGCGGAGCCCACGCUGACCUUCGAGGCGGUGGACGUGCCCAUGCUGUGUCCCCCGCUGCCCUGGACCUCCCCGCACACGGGCGGCUUUUUGCUCAGCCCCACCAAGCUGAUGCGCACGGUGGAAGGCGCCACGCAGCACCAGGAGCUGCUGGAAACCUGCCCGCCCACCGCGCUGCACGGCGCGCUGGACGCUCUCACCCAGCUGGGCAACUGCGCCUGGCGCGUCAACGGGCGCGUGCUGGACCUGGUGCUGCAGCUCUUCCAGGCCAAGGGCUGCCCCGAGCUAGGCGUGCCGGCCCCGCCCUCCGAGGCUCCCCAGCCGGCAGAGGCCCACCUGCCGCACAGCGCCGCGCCCGCCCGCAAGGCUGAGCUGCGCCGUGAGCUGGCGCGCUGCCAGAAGGUGGCCCGUGAGAUGCACAGCCUGCGGGCGGAAGCGCUGUACCGCUUCUCGCUGGCGCAGCACUUGCGGGACUGCGUCUUCUGGCUGCCGCACAACAUGGACUUUCGCGGCCGCACCUACCCAUGCCCGCCGCACUUCAACCACCUGGGCAGCGACGUGGCGCGGGCCCUGCUGGAGUUCGCCCAGGGCCGCCCACUCGGCCCGCAUGGCCUGGACUGGCUCAAGAUCCACCUGGUCAACCUUACCGGGUUCAAGAAGCGCGAACCGCUGCGGAAGCGCCUGGCCUUCGCGGAGGAGGUGAUGGAUGAGAUUCUGGAUUCGGCGGACCAGCCCAUGACGGUAGGGGCAGGGCCUCUGCGACCCCGGGUCCCCUGCCCACCCUCCUCC